AUGACGCCGUACCUGGUUGCCGCCAUAGUGGUACUAUUGGUACUUAUAGUAACGUUUUUCAAGUACAAAUUUACGUACUGGGAAAAACGCGGCGUUAACUAUUUCACCCCGAGCAUCCCGUUGGGCAACAUGAACACCCUCUUCAAGAAAAAUCGUGAGAGCAUCGGGGAAUUUAUAAAGAAUUCGUACAUGAAGGCUCGGAACAACAACUGGAAGCAUUUCGGGAUGUAUUUGUUCACCAAUCCGGCGUACAUGGCCAUCGACUUGGACAUCGUUAAACUGAUAUUAUCUAAGGAUUUCCAGUACUUUGUUGACCGUGGGUUGUUUUACAACGAAAAGAUCGACCCCCUAGGUGCGCAUUUGUUCGCCAUUGGUGGUACCAAGUGGAGGAACCUAAGGAGGAAGCUGACGCCCACUUUUACCUCCGGAAAAAUGAGGCAAAUGUUCAGCACCGUGGCCAAAUGCGGCUUGAUUUUGGACAAAGUCAUGCAGAAGGAGCUUGAGGCGAACCACUCGUUGAACAUCAAAGAAGUACUGGCGAGAUUCACCACGGAUGUAAUUGGGACCUGCGCCUUCGGCCUGGAGUGCAACACGUUCGAGGACAAGGACUCGCCGUUCAGGUACUACGGCAGGAAGAUCCUGAACUUGGGCACCAAGAUGCAACAACUGGCGCUCAGCAUCGCCAUGAGCUUCCCCAGACUGGGCGUAGCUUUGGGCGUCCGCCAAAUUGACAAGGACGUGUCGGAUUUCUUUUUCAACGUCGUUAAAGACACGGUCGAGUACAGGGAGAAAAACAACGUCGUCAGGAAGGACUUCCUGCAGCUGCUUAUGGAGAUGAAAAGCGACGACAAGUCCGAUGGUGAUGGAAACACGUUGACCAUCACUGAAAUCGCCGCCCAGUGUUUGCUGUUCUUCUUGGCCGGCUUCGAAACCUCCUCCACAGCCAUGACCUUCGCCCUCUUCGAGCUGUCCCAAAAUCAAGAGCUGCAGGACAAAGCUAGGGAAGAAGUCGUGAGGGUUUUGGCCAAACAUAAAGGGGAGAUCACUUAUGAAUCAAUUUCGGAGAUGCAUUACAUGGACCAAGUUCUGGACGAGUCCCUGAGGAAGUACCCUCCUUUGCCGAUGGUCACGAGGAUCUGUGGUAAAGACUACAAAAUCCCCAACGAGGAUGUCGUCAUAGAAAAAGGUACGAGAGUGGUAAUACCAAUUUAUGGCAUCCACCAUGACCCCGAAUAUUACGACGAGCCGGAAAAGUUUGAUCCUGAACGAUUCUCACCAGAAAAUAAGGCAGAAAGGAACCCAUAUUCCCAUAUACCUUUUGGGGAAGGCAACAGGAUUUGUAUAGGUUUGAGAUUUGGAGUGAUGCAAUCCAAGAUUGGAUUAGCUGUGUUAUUGAAGAGUUACAGGUUUAAAUUGAGUGAUAAGACAAAAGUACCCCUCGUUUUUGAACCAAGUUCAUUUGCUUUGACAGCUGAAGGAGGAAUAUGGUUAGAUUGUACUAGAAUAUAAUCUUUUAUUUUGUAUUUAUUUAUUUUUUUGUAUAUAGAAGUUUCAAAACUUAUUAUAGGUGUAUAAAGGUAUAAUAAAAAGACACAAGUUUUAUUAAAAUUAA